UGGGCGGGAAUGAGAGAUGCAACUCACCAAUUGGUGGUGGGAGAGAGAUCCCCAUCGCCUGGUGUUUAUGCAUAUUUGAUGAGACGGGUUUGACGGGACGAGGUUUGCUGUGUUUGGGAGUGCACUUAACCAGGUGGGUCAGUGUCAGGUUAGUGAGAACCAGAGAGGGAGGAGGAGGUUUAACCCUGGUGGGAUGGAGCUGGGCUCGGUAGUGAUGAGGCAGUGUGCUACCUGAGACUGACCGGGACCGGAUUAACAGGAGUGGCGCAGGGAGAGAGAGAGAGAGGGAGAGAUGGCGGAUCAGAGUAACAUCCAGUCGGCUGCCAGUAAGAGUAUCCGACCCUUCAGGUCCAGCGAGGAGUAUCUUUACGCCAUGAAGGAGGACUUGGCCGAGUGGCUCAAUGCCCUGUACGAUUUGGAGAUCCACGUCGACAUUUUUAUGGAAACGCUGGAGACGGGAUGUGCCCUGUGCCAACACGCCAAUAACGUUAACCAGACUGCCCUGGAGUUCCAGUCCAAGUGGCCCGAGGUGGCCGGCAGGGUGAAGAUCCCCCGCACCGAGGUGACUUUCGCCUCGCGGAACGUGUCGCCCGGUUCCUUCGUCGCCAGGGACAACGUGUCCAACUUCAUCGGCUGGUGCCGCCGCGACCUGGGCAUCCGCGACGCCCUGAUGUUCGAGACCGACGACCUGGUCCUCCGGAAGAACGAGAAAAACUUCGUCCUGUGCCUGCUGGAAGUGGCCAGGCGAGGCUCCAAGUUCGGCAUGCUGGCCCCCAUGCUGAUCCAGCUGGAGGAGGAGAUCGACGAGGAGAUCCGCGACGCCCUGCAGGAGCCGCCCGACCAGGAGGCUUUCCGCCCCAAAGCCCAGAGGAGGCUGUGUGACUUCAAGAAUCUGGACGCCAUGGUUCGUGAGAUCCUUGGCCACUGUUCCUGUCCAUCUCAGUUCCCUAUGACAAAAGUAUCAGAGGGUAAAUAUAAAGUCGGUGAGACCAGCACAUUGAUCUUCAUCAGAGUUCUGAGAAAUCAUGUGAUGGUGCGUGUUGGAGGAGGAUGGGAUACACUUGAACAUUAUCUGAACAAGCACGACCCUUGUAGAUGUGCUUCAGCGUUGCAUCGCGUGACGCCAACAAGAUUUAUAAAUCCAACCAUGAGCACCAGUCCACGUGCUUCUAGAACUCCAAGUCCUGGACCGGGUCACUUUUCUGAAGGCUCAAGGACUCUGAAGGUGCUGGAAAAUACCGUUCAAAUGGACAGAAGGUCACCAUCUGCAACAGAGUUGGUACCUAUAAAACAAAAUGGGUCAUCAGCAACACGACAUGAUCGACCCUUCAGCCCAACUAACACAGGUAGCAAAAACACAAUGGCAAGGCACCAGGGUGUACCUAUCAACCCAGGUUGUAAAAUUGAGAUGAGCAAACGCUCCACACAAUCACCAAGUGGAUUUGCAGCAGGAGUUCAUGCAGGAAGGCCUUCCUUGUCUCAAUCACGUGAUCGGUCAGAACCAAGACGUUCAAGCCCUGGGAGGUCAAGAGAAUCAGCAACACCUCAGCGGCAAUCAGGUGACCGUGAAAAUACAUCCAUACAAACUGGAAGACAGAAAACAGCACUUUCUGCUUGUAAAGCCUUAAGUGAUGAUAUUUUGAUUAUAAACAGAGUAGCAGGUGAACAUGUGAUACAAAGAAAUGGAGCACAUCAAGACUCAAAGAGAAGGACUGCUCAAAUGAGGCGAAAAAGCGAGUCAUCGGAUCAGAGUGUGGGGUGUGAAAGGCAGAGCCGGUACCAGAGUACAAGUCUGCCAAGAUAUGGCACUGCACGCCUUUCUCGAGAGCCCAACAGGGCAGUGAGUCAGAACUCGACUACCCCAAAAAAGGGCAAGUCACAAAACGAUGCCAUCCUAAUGAUCAGCCGAGGGAAAGAGGGACAGCAUUCCUGGGCUCAUGCGGGCGAAUCAAAGGAUGAUAAAGGAAAAACAAAUAAAAGAAUACCUAGAGCCAAAUCACCUGCUCCAUUUGCCUUAAAUAAUUUGCAUACAACACAGACAGAGACAAAAUAUCCAACUUCUUUAGUUGCCAAGGGGAAGACAUCUGUGACAUCCAGAUCAUCUAGCCCUGUGCCUAAAACUACUUCAUCCAUGCAACCAAUGCCUUCCUCUCAAACUGGGAGAAGGACUCCGCAGAUGUUGUGCUAUGAUAACAAUCAGAAUGUGUUGAAUGUUUGUGUAGCUUCCCAUGGCCACGAGCCUUCUAUUGGCUGCAGUGAUACAAAUGGGUGCACCCUGAGCCCCUCAUCAGAGAUUGAUGGCUCAGAGGAAAUAUUCAACUUGACCCAGGGUUUCGAUCCCAAUAAAGAACAAGAGCUGUACAGGAGCUUUGAGGAGGAGUUUCUGGCAAAUACAAAGCAGGUCCUGUCGGAAAGUGGUGGCAGCGAGACCUUUGGAAUGUUCCUUGAUACUAAUGUAGCCCAGCCAGUCCGAAAAGCAAAGCAGAGGAUGACUGGUUCUGUGCACUGCUCCACAACCUCAUCUACUUCUUCCACAAACUUAGUGAACAAACUACAAAAUCACCUAGGAGAAGAGGCAGAAAAACUGAUGCCAAUGCCGCUGGAGCAGUCAUACAGUCACUGUAAUUCAGUGAUAAGUGAGAACCGGGAAGGAUGUGGCCAGAUGGACACUGUAGAUGGCUCUGAAUGGAAUGGAAGGUGUCCGAGUGUAUGCACCACAACAAAUAAUGUUCUAAAAACUAUAGAAAAUGUAAGUGAGCCUAUACUGUCAAGCCCUUUAGCUGAAAAGAGGUUCUAUAUGAUGGACCAGCACAGUGUCUCCAGCCAGAAUGGGCCACCAGAACUGGAGAAGGAACAGAAUGGAGAGGCCCCCACUGAAAAGUGCACUGAACAGGAGGAAUGUAAUACAGUGGACAAAAUCACCACUCAGAAUGCGGGUGAUGAUCAGGGGCGUGAAAACAGUGAAGGGUCCUUCAUUGAGACUUCCAGUGAGUCAUCUAUUAAUGUCCAGCUGAAUUUCCAUCACAAACAUGCUGUUCAAAUGAGGCCCAAGAAAGGACUAAAGAAACCAGACCGAGUGCCUUCUAUCUACAAGAUGAAGCUUCGUCCCAAGAUUCGACCACGAACAGACAAUCGACCAGAAAAGAGACCCUCGCAAAUCCCCACACCAGUCAGCUGCAGACAAGGGCUGAAGUCUCCAAGAUCACCACAGAAUUCUCUACAAAACAGCAGCCACUCUCGACGGAAGUUGAAGCACAAAAUAAUCUUGCACAAUGAAGAACUUCAGAGUUCUAGAGAGGACCUCCUGCCAUCACCUACCUCGGAUGGUAGGGAAACUCCGCCUGUAAACCAGGAUGAAAGCUCCUGGGUCUAACCUAACAUAUAAUACCCCUCAUGUUUACAGCUUCAAAAUCCUUGUUUUUUCCUUUGCAUUUGUAUUGAAUUGAAAUGAACCAAAUUAUUAUAAGCAUCUCAGGUUGAAUGCAUUUCGGGAAGCUUAGAAACCUUAAUCUCCCAAUGUAAUUAAUAUUGAAGUAAUGGCUGAUGGUCUGUACUAUACUGGGAAAGGUUUGGCAGGAGACAUGAAUCGAUUGAUGGAUGGGAUGACGGGAGCCAUCCGAUUGCCCGUCUGUCUUCAGUUUUGCACCCCAAAGCAGGCAGGGGUCAUUGCUGAUAUUCGAUUAUUGUGAUUUAUAUUGGGGAUCCUUUUACAUUACUUCCUGCAUUCAUCUAUCACCAGGACUGUUGGCCGUAGUUAGUGUUGAGUGCUGUUAGUUCAAGGGGCGGUGACGUUUGGUCCUUGUUGAUAUGUAACGCUUAAUCCUGACCGUUCUGAACCCGGAUCAUUUUGUUCAAUUCUGUCUGGGGAAUCUGUCUGGAUAGGUGACUGGGGGCUGGUUGGGCUUGGGGGCCUGUUCUGUGUAUGUGUGAUUGAGAGAGGGGAAGCCAGUUUAAUGUAACCUUGUUGAAUUGAGCCCGAGCAGGUUUGAAGGUAUAACCAGCCUGAACACUGUUUGGACAAGGAUGCAAAUUGUCCCAGGAAUGGGUUUGCAUUUCAAAUGUGGUACCAAAACCCUACGGCCAGUGGUUUGGGGAGGGAAUGGGGCAGCAGCCGAAAUCCAUACCAGGUUAGUCUGUCCAUUGGAGUUUAUAUGCUAACUUUCUACUUCACUAAUAUGUACACCAUGUAGUUACUUCAUAGCUGUUCACUUUCUUGUUUGGUUUGAAAUGAACUAUCUCCAGCAGGUGCAGAACUGAAAGGGUUCAUUCUUUUUUCCCCACUUUUUUUUUGGUUAUCUUUUGUCAGAUCUUUCCUCGGUCCCCCUGUGCUGCCAAUCUGCUAAAAGUCGGAAUGGUUCUUUGGCAGGUUAAGUGUCGAGAGGAGGGAGAUGAUGUUCUGCCUUUGACUGGGGUGUGGAUGCUCUGGUUAGUGACAUUUAAACACAGCUUUGCUGAGGAGCAAAUAUGACUGUGACUGCCGAAUUAUCCAGUAUGGUCCCUGAUCUUCAGAGAGUUAAAGUGCUGACAGUAAAAGAGCCCUGCAGAUUGGAAACCUUUUGAGGGCUGUCCUGGAUAAGGGGUUAGCCAUUUUAAAGAGAUAGCGAUGCUGGGCGCAGCUCUUGGUAGUGCUGUGGUAUUUUAUGCAUUGUUUGCACGUUACCUAAACACUUUACCCAUUGUACACUGGUACCUUGCCCAGUAUCUGUGGAAGUGGUGCUCAGUGUGAUUAUGCUGCUAAAAUAAAAUUAAUCAGAGGAUAAUCAAUGCUAUUGUCUUAAUAUCUAACCCUGGAUUGUUUUCAGGUCCGGGAGGAGUAAUUUUAACAGGGUUCAUUUUUUAAAAAAUAAAAUAAAAUUAAAUUAAUUAUCCAUUGCAGUCACUUUAGCGAUUUGGAAUUUGAGUCAGUUUUGUUUUGCUUAUCCUGUAAUGUUUGUGGCUCACUCCCGGCUGUGACAGGUAAUGUGAUGGCUUUAAGUGCAAGGAGUCCCUAUUGCCUCAUCACAAACACUGCUCAUCUCGCUUGGGGGGUUUUUUUUUUUGGUUUGACAGUCGGCGCACAGAGUCACAGCUGGAAACAUCUGCACAGCAUUUUAUUUCACAGUAUUUACUAUUCCAGGACACAUGGUUGUUGUGGGGUUUCGGGAGGGUAUGGCUUUUUCCUUUUUGUACUUUUUUUUCCACUAUUGAAUGCUCAUGUGAUAAAGCACCCAACCAGCAGCUUUUAACAUCCAGCUACCAGGAUGUGUACAAGUGCAGCUGGCAGUGAACCCUUGCAACCUCUGGAUGCAUGUGGAGGGCACGGGGGGUGUAGAAGGUGUGAACCCAGGCACUGCCACUUCAUGUCACGGUGCCUCGGUGCUCCCAGGGCCUGGCUGGUGAUCCGCUAAGCUCUUGAGCUGCGGGAAUGCCAGGUUCGGAUGCUAAGACCGCCUCCGGUUGGUGCUGCAAGAUGGUGCUGUGCCAGAACUAAACUGCUACCGUGGGGAAUUGGAGAGAGGCGAAGCAUCCCAACACCGGGGGGUUGGCUCAGAGGCCAGGAAGAUUAACACAAUUACAUACUCUCUAAUAAUUUAGGUCAUCCCGUAGGUAUCUGUUGAAACGCUGAUUUAUUUAAUGCUAUUUACCAAAGAGGGUUUAUAUGGAGUCCCUGUUGACUUUGUCUCUCUGAAACUGCACCAACUAAUUUGAUUAAGGUGCAAUUUUAAAAUAUAAGGCGCAAACUUUAAAACUACUGUUCAUGUGAGGUUGGCACCUUUUUAAUGAACCACUUCACGAUUAUAUUUGGAAUUUUCUUCAUUACUUGUAAAUCCUGCUUUACCACAGACAAUGGAUGAAACAUUUCAAAUUGUCAGCAUUUUCAGGUGGCAUAGAUUACUAGCACGAUGUCUUCCUGAUACUGUCCUGAGUGAUUUAUGAUUUUUGAUCUGUUAAAUUAAUGAACAUUGGCCUGGUGCACUACAGUCUGAGGUAAACUGAACCCUGUGAGUGCUGAUGUUUCUCCAACAUUUGUCCCAUGGCCAGAUUGCUGAGGUAUUUGAGAAAUAUUUUGCUCCAAUUCCCCUACGUUUUAGUAGGCGUGUAGAUAUAGUGCUUGUCUCUCCAAAUCAGACCCAUGGGUCUGACUCUGUCUUUGGGAUUUCUGUGCAUCUGCCAGACUAAUAGCACUGGAACUGCACCACCCAUAUUUCUCAAUUUGGGAGACUGUAGGACAUUCUAUCCUCUCUCUCUCCCUCAUUUCUUAAUUUCUAAUUUUGAUUCUGGAUUUCAGUUUGCAAUGUGAAUGAAUUAUUUAUGCUAAAACGUGUCCCCUAGUACUGACUUAACUUGUAUAAGAGAUUAAGCUGGUGAAGUAAACAGCUUGAAUGCAAUCAACACAUUGACACCCAUUCAUGUUAAAACAUUAGGUUUUAUUUGCCAGCUUAAAUAUUGUGUUGAAGGACGUCAUGUCUAAUUGUAGAUCCAGUCAUGUUGCCGCUAUUUGCAGGAACAAUGUUUGCACGAUGAAGUGUUAAGUACAUACUGUAUUAACCUAAUGCAAAAUUGACAUUCUUAUGGAAUAUUGACUUUAUUGUGUAAUACAUAUUUAGAAGGUUGGUUGUGGGGUAUUUGUUUUUUCUGGGCAUGAGAUAUUUAUUGUGUAAAAUAAUUAAGUAUGCAGUUAUUAACUAUGCAAUUACAACUGGUAAUAAUAUGUUUUAAAGAACUUUUAGCUCUUGAAAGAAUAAUUGAUAAACACUGAUUGUAGUGAACAGAGAGUACACUGUUCAGCUGAGCAUUUGAGAGGGACGUUGGCACUAGAUGUGUAUAUAUUAAUUUGUGGCACCUUAAACCACACAGCUAAAUCCUGAAACUUUCUCGUAAGUAGAACUUGAACAAUGCAGCCGGAUUUUUGCAGACUGCAUAUCAAAACAUUAAUUUGCACAGUGCUUCUCAAAUUGAAAAGUUGAAUAAUUAAACUGUUAUGCAGAUAUCCAGAAUUUUGCCUGGAGUGGAAUUCCUACAGUAGAUGAGUUAAUGAAUGAAUAAUGACAUUUGUUUUGUUAGAAUUCAGUGCUUGAAAGGGAAUUAUUCUCGGACCAUUUCAACAGUAGGACUCAACAGGAUAUGCACAUAGUAUCCAGAAAGGCAACUGAUGUCUGAAUGCACUAACAGAACAGGUGCUUUAAGAACAAUAGUACAGUAAAUAAGGUUUGGCAGGUCCAAUUUGCCAAGUAAAACAGUACAAAGGAGCAGAAUUGCUGACAAGUGAAAAAUUCACUGCUUUCCCUCACCUCAGUGGUUGUUGAUCAUGCCAGAAUUCAACCUUUCUGUCUCUCCUUUUGCCUCUGAUUCUCUUUCUCAUCUCUGACUUUCGAUAAAACAACAACUUCAAGAAUACAAGUGAAAAGUUAACCAUAUUAGGGCAAAAGUGAUCUGAGCCUUUCCCUCUAAAUAUCUAGGGUGGGACAGACCUGACCUGUAUGUGCUUUCCUCUACUUUGUCUUGUCAGGGAUCUGAUAACUUCAAAAGGCUCAGGAACAGGCUGAGCCGGAUGGGAAUGGGAAAAGAAAGAGGUUAUUCUUGCACUUAGCAAGAUUUGUUUAAAUACAUAGUUUCCAUUUAAAGAAAAAUUAGUCUUGAAGAUAAACAGGAUUUGCAUGUAGCAAUUUACACUUGGCUUGAAUUGAACAUUUGUUCUGAAUUACAAUUGGUGAAAUAAAAUCAGUAGGGAUGGUGUGACAAUUCAGAAGACGGGCAUCUUUAACUGAGGUUAUUCAUAUGAGUAUAACUUUGGGAAACAGUAAAAGUGUUGAUGACUUCCGUCCACCUUUUCAGCAGAAAAUCUGGAGAAGCAUUAGUGACCAUAAUGCUGUGACAGUCUUGAUAAGAUCCUUGAGAACAUAUUGUGCAAUGCAUAUGUAAAUUGUGAGGCUGUACACAGUGCUGCAAAACAAAUGUUUUGCCUUUACCCCCACCCUUGCCUUAAGUUAAUGCUUCUGCUAUGAGAGAUGUACAUUGUGUUUGCAAUGAACAAUGUGUGAGUCUGCUCUCUUUGGUGUGGAGCAAAUGAGGAUUUCAAGUGAGACUGCAUUCGGUAGACGUUUGAAACUUGACAUUUGGGAUCAAGUGAUGUCAUGGAAGAAAAGGACCAUGUACCAAAAAUGUGUAAAUUGUAGUUUAUUUCAAAGUAAUGUCACACACAGAUUGUAUUAUUUUAAAAAAAAAGUGUAAUAAAGGUUUUUUUUCCAG